ACCAAAGGUGCAGAGCGCCUCUUUGUCCGUUUUCCACUUCAGUAGUUGAUCAGGUAGCUAGGCAGGCCGUGACCACCACCAGUGUGAGUGGGUGCAAUGGACGACCUCCUCUCCCCGUGCUCCUCCUUCUCCCCGCCCUCGCCGCCGUCCUUCUUCUCCCACGCCGGCCACCCGAUCAUCGAGUUCACCUCCUGCGAGGUCCCCGAGCAAUGGCUGCUCGGCGACGUCGUCGUGGCCAAGAACGAGGCCGGCUACGACGACGGGGACGACCUGUGGAGCUCCCUCUCGCCGGACUCCGAUCUCUCCGUGCAGCCGCCGCCGCCGUCUCAGCCGGCGCCGCCGCCGCAGCAGGAGCAGGAGCCGAGCGCCACGGUCCCGGCGGCGCAGCCCCCGGGGAAGCGGCGGGGCCGGAAGCCCGGCCCCCGCCCGGAGGGCCCCACCGUGAGCCACGUCGAGGCCGAGCGGCAGCGCCGGGAGAAGCUGAACCGCCGGUUCUGCGACCUCCGGGCCGCCGUGCCCACCGUGUCGCGCAUGGACAAGGCCUCCCUCCUCGCCGACGCCGCCGCCUACAUCGCGGAGCUCCGCGCCCGCGUCGCGCGGCUCGAGGCCGAGUCCAGGCGGGCCGCCGCCGCGAGGUGGGAGCCCGUCGCGGCCUCCUGCGGCCCCCCACGAGCGCCCGGGCACGGCGGCGAGGCGGUGGAGGUGAGGAUGCUUGGCCCCGACGCGGCCUCGGUGCGCGCGACGAGCGCGGCCCCGCACGCGGCCGCGCGGCUGAUGGGCGCGCUCCGCUCCCUGGAGCUGCACGUCCAGCACGCCUGCGUCACCCGCGUGCACGGCCUGACCGUGCAGGACGUCGUCGUCGACGUGCCCGCCCAGCUUCAGGACGACGACGGCCUCCGCGCCGCGCUGGUCCAGGUGCUGCAGGAGCAGGACAGCGGCUAGCCACAGCUCGAUCGACCGCGGAGCCCAUACCAUGCAUGGACCUCCUCCUUCCCCGUCCGUACCGUCACAUCGUCAGUUCUCGCAUCGCGUACGAGCAGCUCUAAAAUGGAGCGGAUCAAAGGUAGGUAAUGCUAAUGUUGAUUAAGAGGGUGCUGAAACAAAACAAGAUGGAAUAUCGAUCAUGGCUAAUCCGGAUUGCGUGGACGUCGUCUCUGCCUGUUCCAUGGAAUAAAAAGUGUUUGCUGCUCAUCAAGGGCUUGGAUCCAACAUCAUCUGACGAUCCUUCCAAAAAGUGGUGGUGCCGAAUAACGAUUGGCCAAGGUGUACGUACUUAUAUAUCAUAUGUGUUGCUUAAUUAUAUAUUACGGAUUUGCAUUGCCUAUAUGAAACCUGAGUGAUUUGUUGUCUUGAUGAGCUAUCCACACCUUAUUUUUCUUCACCCUCCUCUUUGACUCCGGUGAGGUUAUUGCACCCUUCUCUCUUCCAUUUGUGGCGAGAUCAAGCCUCUGAUGGGUGGAUUAGGGGAUUUAUUUGGUGUUUCAGGUGCUAUGUUUGAGUAUUGGGGAUCGGGAUUUGGAAGCUUUAGAGCAAAGAUUGUUGUGAAAGAUUAGGAAUUUGGGCCAUAUACUUCACCAAACAUUUCACUCUAAGAGCUACUCAUUGCCUAAUUUCUUCGGAGGCAGCUUUACUGCAUUUCUUCGGCCGGGCUGGACUUUGCUUUGUAUUCUUUUAUGGCUAAAGAAAUGACUUAUGAUAUACUUUCUAGUGUUUGUAGAACUAGUGGGUCUAUGGGAUACCUCACCUAAAGCAUCACGUUUUUACAUUUUAGGUGAGGUAUCCCAGGCGCUCCCGCUCCCCAACCUCGCCCCUCCUGCUCCCCAACCUCGCCACCGCCUGAGAGGGUUGCUGGAAGCCCGACGGCCGUGAGGAGCUCCUCGUCUUCCACACCCUUUUCCCCUCCCCCUUUCCCCUUCCUAUGGAUGUAGAUCGAGAUUUCGCGAGCGGCGGUGUAUGCGUCGAUUGCGGCGGCUGGUGGCCCUGUGCGGGGAUCCAGCGGCUGGCUGCGCGGUUCCCCGUUGUGGGGGCCUGGCGCCCGGCAGCCAGCGGCGCAGCUCCCUGUGCCUGUGCGGGGGCCUGGCAGCACAACACCUUGGGGCCGUCGAGGU